AUGACCGGUCAAGAGGGCAUUACGAUCAAGUCGGACUCUGGUCGCUCUGGAACCCCCGAUGAAAAGCCUACCGUUGCCAUGGUCGAGGGACAAGAGAACCUUGGGGCUCUGUCUGAAGAGGACGCUCAAUUUCUAUCCAACUUUUCAGCCGAGGACAAGAAGAGGGUGAUCCGGAAGGUCGACCUCCGCCUCAUCCCGAUGCUCAUGAUUCUCUACCUGAUGACAUAUCUCGACAAGACCAACAUUGGCAACGCAAAAAUCGAAGGCCUUCUGCCGAGCCUAAAAAUGACGGGCGACCAGUACAACAUUGCCCUCUCAGUCUUCUUCCCCCCAUACAUCCUCGCCGAGGUUCCCAGCAAUAUCAUUAUCCAAAAGUUCAAGAGGCCAUCUACAUACAUGGGAAUCAUUAUAGUUUCAUGGGGUAUCAUCAUGACUUUAACAGGAAUCGUGCAAAAUUUUGCCGGGUUGGUGGUUGUGCGGUUUUUGCUUGGUCUGUUUGAGGCCGGAUUCUUCCCUGGUGCCAUUCUGAUGAUCUCACAAUGGUACCUUCCGAACGAAACACAAAGUCGUAUCGCAUUGCUAUACAGCUCUGCAGCUACUGGCGGCGCAGUCUCGGGACUGUUGGCUUUUGCCAUUGCCAAGAUGAAUGAUCUAGCGGGCUUGGAGGGAUGGAGAUGGAUUUUCAUCAUCGAGGGUAUAAUGACCGUCGUCGUUGGUAUCGCCUGCUUCUGGGUUCUUAUUGACAAACCAUCACUUUCCUCGGCUUGGUUGACGCCCGACGAGAUUCGCUACCUGGAACUGAGACAGCUGGCCCGGAACCCGACGGCAUACAAAGCCGAGGACGGCCACAUCGCGACCAAGAAGCACAGACACUUUGACAAGCAGGCACUGGUGGCGGCACUGACGGACUGGAAGAUCUACCUACUUACGCUGGGCAGCUGGUCCAACGCGGUUCCCAACUACGCCAUGAAGUUCACCAUGCCCACCAUCGUCCGGUCCAUGGGCUUCACCUCGGCCGAGGCCCAGCUCAUGACCAUGCCGCCCUACAUCGUCGGCGCCAUCUCCGCCUUUGUCAUCUCGGCCCUGGCGGACCGCCGAGGAUGGCGCAUGCCCUUCAUCAUCGGCCCGCAGCUGGCCGUCGCCGCGGCUUUCAUCAUCCUCUUCACCAAGGCCGCCGAGAUCGAGAGCAACGUCGCGUUGUGCUACUUUGCCGUGACGCUGGCCAACGCGGGCAUGUACCCCAUCUUCCCGGGCGUUAACGCUUGGAACGUGGCCAACCAGGCCGGUCCGGCCAAGCGCGCCGUCAGCAUCGGCCUCCUCAUCUGCACCGGCAACAUCGGCGGCGUGGUGGGCAGCUACAUCUACAAGGAUAACGAGGCGCCCCGUUAUGUGACGGGCUACGGGACCUCCUUGGCAUUUGUGGGCUCGGGCAUCGUCGCCGUGGCGCUACUAGAGUUCCUGCUCUGGACCUCCAACAAGCGCAACGCCAAGCUGACUGAGGACGAGGUUCAUGGCAAGUACACGGACGAGGAGUUGGAGCUUCUUGGUGAUCGUAGCCCGCUGUUCAAGUACUCCCUCUAG